AGAGAAACGUUACUCCGUUCCCCCUCUCACGAAAAAGGUGGACCCGCCGGCACGUCGCCGGCGGGGCGAGGGACGGCGCAACCGGAGGAGACGGUAGCGGCGUGCCUCCUCCUCCCUUUCCCCUCUCCCCAAUCCAACCGGCGGCACCGCAUCCAACCGCAGCGGCGUGAGCUCGGCGGUGACCAGGAGUGGCGACCGCAACGACCCCGUCGCCGGCGUGCUUCUCCCCCGAAGCUGGACUCGUUAAAAACACCACCUUCCUCUUGGCAAUAUUUUUCUGCUGAUGCUUGGACAGAUUGACUCGGUACCUGUCACCAAAUUCUGUCUCUCUGGCAAAUCCUGGUAGAGCUAGUAUCAACAAUGUCAGAUCCUGGUAAGGAUAGCAAUAUGCAGCAGCUAGUCCUAAUGGCACCACCGGCAAGGGUUUCUGGUGGUGAACUAGUGGCGAAGGCUUCUGUUGGUGACAGUGGAAAGCAGCUGGUGCUGGUGGAGGGUGGAGGAAAGAGCUCGGGAGGGGUCAAGUUAAGGGAGGAUGAGGAGGACCUAGAGGUGAAGUUAAGGCGCAUCAUGGAGAAUGUCCCCGUCCGUGUCAGCAACACCUCUGGGUCUUCUGCUGGUUCUGGCUCUGGCGACUUCCACCAGUAUCGGCAAAUGAGGAGAAGGGAACAGGACCGAAUAACGAGGAUGGAGAGUGAUUACGAAAGGAGGAAGCAGGUGGCCGAGUUCAAUCUGCGGAGGGAGGAAAGACUCAAAGCAGCCGAGGAGCGUACAGCCAAGAAGCGCCUGAAACGCCAAAAGAAGAAGCAGCGUAAGAAAGAAAAGCGGAGUAAACCAGACGGUGGUGGCGAGGAGGAACCCAAAAGCAAAGUGCCUAACAGAGUGGAGGAGUCCUCAGACGACGAUGAGGGUUCGGAUUACGAGGGCGACGACAAGUUUAAGCAAUGCCAAUGAAGUUGCGACUAAACUGCAGACCGCCAUUCCUGGAUAUUGUUUUUCACCAGUAGAGAUUCCGGAUGGUGUGGAAGGAUGUCAGUCGCUCCAUGGUUUGGCUGUCGGCAUGAACUAACAUCGGGUGCUUGUUCUUGUAGUAAUAGAGACUCGGAAACAUACUAUAUUGGGGCAUUGGGCGCUCUGUUAGUUUUCUGGAAACGCUUUGUUUGCUGCCGUAAGAUGCCAGUGGGCAUUCUACUGGAUGGGCCAUUUGUUUCUUGUUAUCAAUUACUCCUUCGGCCCGGAAA